AAAAAUGUCUUGAUUUGACCGCUUCUGAAAAAUUUCACGAAUUGUCGAUGUGACGCACCAAUCAUUUCGCGACAGUUUGACCUUCAGGUGCUCGCAACCCCUAUCAGUGGACGAUACCAUAGGAGCGUUGCCCAUAAUAUAACACAAUCCAACGCAAGAUACUGCCGAUGCUAGCAAAAGUUAUUAUAGAUCCCCAUAAAUAACUUGGAUUAAGUAAACAAAGUCGCUACAUUACUGUCUUCCGUUUUCGAAGAUACCUCGUUAUUGAUUCCUGGAGAUUAGUAUUCAGUUCUACAGAUAUUGUGGUAAUAAUUCAUAUGUAGAUGUUUUCUUGGUGAGUCAUUUUUAUGCAAAAAGUCUGUCAUUUUGUUUUAGGCCGUUUAAUUUUUUCAAAAUUUGGCUUAAUAGGUGGGAUUAUUAUCCACUGUUCGGCGUGCUUUGUCCAGGUUUUGAGGGUUUCGUCGGUUAAUUCGGAGGCUUAGCUGAGGCUGAUAGUCAAAGGUUUUUAUUUACAUUCGAAAUGGUUUUAAAUCCGUAAACGUCACUUAAUUUUAGCUGUCACUCCAACAAUAAUCUUUCACAGUUUCUCUUAAAAUGAGAUUGCCCAUUAGCAUCAGGUCACCACAAGGCAUGCCGUUGGAAUAAAAAGAACGUGGCCCAGAAAUUUUUAAGAAAGAAAGUCGUAAAUACUUACUAAUUAUAAUAAGUGAGGAAGCGAUCCAUCUUAUAAGUGCCAAGAUUUUGUGGUAAAAAAGUUACAGCAGUACCCCAAGUGUAUCCAGUUUCGAGACAAAUCUGGUAAAGUCCCAGUUCGUUGAGUUGUCGUCGCCACUUCACCCAGUAAGAUUGAACGGCCGGAGCAUACUUGCGAUCACCAUUAUUCGUUCCAUCAGAAUGUCACAAGUCGGCCAUUCUAGGUUCAAAAUGAAUACUUGUAAAGUACGUAUACGGUAAUUAUACACAGAAAUCAUAUACUACCACAAUUUUUAUGGAAAAAGUAAAUUUUAUAAUUUGAUAAAGUGAGUUAGGAGGAUAUAAAAGUAUAUGAUAAUAAUGAACACAAGAUGACAUUCUUCACAAAUCCACAACUUUAUUAUAGGUUUUGCAAUCAGCUGCCUUAAGUUUCCAACCUUUAUUUCUGAUCAAAGAACUUUCCGAAGCUGGUAGUCGAGACGUCAGUAACAAAAAAGUAAUUCAAAUCCCAGACAGCUACAUCUCUGUUGUCUAUUAUCUAGCCAAAUCCCUAACAUGACAUAAUUACUUUAACUUUUGCUAAAUUCUGAAUGGCUGUGGCAAACCGAGAAUAAGGCGAAAUUCUGGUGCAUGACUUAGAAUCUUUAAAGACGAUGAUUAGUCAGGUUAACCGGAAUGUUGGCUGUGUAUUGGUUAGAAGUAGUCUUACCAAAGUGAUUCCAGUUGUUAGUUUCAGUUUUUAAGAAAUGAUUAAGUAUUUAUGUAACAACUACAGAAGUAAGUUUGGAUAGCUUAGUCGUUUGCUAUUUUUUCCAAAGCCAAGAAACAAAAUGUUUGUGAAGGCCAAACGAUCCUAAGGCCUGUGUUGAAAUCAAGGACUAUAUAUUUAUCCGUUGUUUUGUUUGGAAUAAAGGGAAUGAUUAUCGAAAUCCUGUACUAUCCAUGACUUGAAGUGCCGAACAAAUAUCGUGUAUGACAGAACUUUGUGACAAGCCAUAAUUUAUUAUGGCAUGUGUGGUUCUCUGAAAAUUUUUAAUCCUGUUCAUCUUCAAUUGCCUCAUGGAUAUACUGAUGGGCCUAUGUUCGAAUACACCCGGAUAUUUUGUAUCCAACUCAGAACUAUCAGUUCAAUAGUUUCGAUCGUUUUCUCCUGUAAAUAAUAAUCUUUUAUGAAAUACUACUAUAUAUUUAGUACCACUUUUUGUAGAUGGUACACCUGCCUUACGUUAAUGGGAUAUUUAACCUCGUGGGUCGCAGUACAACUGGUCAAUCUAGUCCUGUGAUUGAAGUUAAACCGUCAUUUUGUUGGGAUUCAAUGUUGGUACGACUAGCUGGAUUCUCUGGGGCAUUGGCUGUUAUUGCGAGCGCUUAUGGUGCUCAUGGCUUCAAAGAUGAACAAGAUAAACAAAGACAAAUUUUCAAAACUGGGGCUUAUUAUCAUUUGGUUCAUUCGGUGGCUUUGCUAACCACGCCUUUAUUCAGACGUCCUGUUUUGUCUGCUACUCUUUUCGCCACGGGAACUCUACUGUUCUCUGGUUCAUGCUAUUAUGUGGCUCUAACUGGAGAUGAUCGAUUUUCUAGAAUAGCACCUAUUGGUGGCAUGACCCUUGUGUUCGCCUGGCUUUCUUUGGUUUUCUAACAAUUGCGCCAACUAUUUUGAGAGCUUUUUAUUACUAAUCGUUCAUUUUUCUACAAAUUAAUCGGUAUACCAUAAACAUGUCAUUUUAUUUUUAUUCUCAACAUACUAGUUAAUAAAUAGUUUAUAAUUGG